AUGGCACAGAAUAAGAGGAGAAACAAGAAGCAGAAAUCAUGGUCCAUGUACCCCUCCCUCCACGACGACGUCGUCUCGGCCACGCAACCCAACGACCUGGGCGUCUCCUUCUACGACCGAGACGACGAGUCAGGCCACAUCUUCAGCUACGACACAAACGUCAUGGGUUCCUUCCGGUGCCGCAACGACCGGUGCACGCAGGGUGGCUGGGGCAGCCGGCGAGUGGCCGUCCGGAUCCGCAUGUACCCGGGUCGACGGUACAAUGCCAAGGUCUUCCACCAGCGGUGCAGCAGCUGCGACAAGGUGGCCGCCCUGGUCCUCGACGACGGCUCGUACGUCGACAGGCUCGCGUACCGGCUCAAGAAGUGGUGCGGAGUGAGGAUGGAGGGCGGCGGGGAGGGGAGGAGGUAUGGGCGGAGGACGGGGGGGCCUCAUCAGGCGGAUAGGUGUGAGGGAUGCAGGGCUGGGCACUGUCCUGCCGGGGCGGGUACCGAGUAG